CUCGGGCUGCUGGUAAAGUGAAGCGCGCGGUGGGGCCCCGGUUCGCCUCCGAGGGCUCUUGCGCCUCGCAACGGCGAUGGCUGCCGUUCCCGGGGAGUCCGCGGCCUGGCCUCGGUGUCCGUAAGGAUGCCUGUGACCGUGGGCCCAUAUGGGCGGUCGCAGCCCAGCUGCUUUGACAGAAUAAAGAUGGGUUUCAUGAUGGGCUUUGCAGUGGGCAUGGCUGCAGGAGCACUGUUCGGCACAUUUUCCUGCCUCAGGAUUGGCAUGAGAGGACGAGAGCUGAUGGGUGGAGUUGGCAAAACGAUGAUGCAAAGCGGUGGGACGUUUGGGACAUUCAUGGCCAUUGGUAUGGGAAUACGCUGCUAAUCUGGAGUUUGGGAUUUAUCCCAGAGUUCCUCCACCAGCCAUUCCUCUGCUGUACAAUAAUAAAAUCUUUAGAUACCUGGAA